AUGAGUUUUCUUUUCGGAAAGAGGAAGACUCCCGCAGAGCUUCUGCGUGAAAAUAAGAGAAUGCUUGAUAAAUCAAUCCGUGAAAUAGAGAGGGAGAGGCAGGGUUUACAGACACAAGAAAAGAAACUUAUUGCAGAGAUAAAGAAAAGCGCCAAGCAAGGGCAGAUGGGAGCUGUUAAGGUCAUGGCCAAAGAUCUUAUCAGAACACGACACCAGAUCGAAAAGUUCUAUAAACUGAAAUCUCAACUUCAAGGUGUUUCACUCAGAAUUCAGACGUUGAAGUCGACACAAGCAAUGGGGGAGGCCAUGAAAGGCGUCACCAAGGCAAUGGGACAGAUGAAUAGGCAGAUGAACCUGCCGUCACUUCAGAAGAUAAUGCAAGAAUUCGAGAGGCAGAACGAGAAGAUGGAGCUGACCAGUGAGGUUAUGGCUGAUGCCAUUGAUGAUGCUUUGGAAGGAGAUGAGGAAGAAGAAGAGACUGAAGAAUUGGUCAAUCAGGUUCUUGAUGAGAUUGGCAUUGAUAUCAACUCUGAGCUUGUCAAUGCACCUUCAUCGGCUGUAUCUGCCCCAGCUGCAAAGAAUAAGGUUCCACAAGCCGAGGCAACGGGAAAUGAUGACGGUGGAAUAGAUAGUGACCUCCAGGCCAGGUUAGACAAUCUGAGGAAGAUGUGA